AUGGCGGCGUCCGUCGCGCGCGAAGAGGACGCUUUUCGCCGCCUCUUUCGCUUCUAUCGGCGCUGGGAAGGCGCGGACCCCACCGGGGUGAUUGACUUCUCGAAGCCAGUGGCGCGGCAGGUGGUCAGUUCUCCUUUGCGAUUUGCCUCACUAAGUGAUCAAGAUGCCCACAGAGCAGGACUGCAUCCAGUUAGCCAGUGGAAAGCCUAUAGUCUGGAUAACUAUCCAGGGUUUAUGUUUAUCCCCAAUCCUUUCCUUCCGGGCUGUCAGCGUCACUGGGUGAAGCAAUGUCUGAAGCAGUACACCCAGAAACCCAAUGUGUGCAAUUUGGAUUUGCACAUGCCUUCCAAGGAGACUACUGAUCUGUGGGAAAAGAGUCAGCACCAGAUGCGAAACAAAAGUUCAAGCAAACGGGAACCAAAAUGUUUACUGGAGAAGCUGCGUUGGGUGACUUUGGGUUACCAUUAUAAUUGGAAUACAAAGAAAUAUUCAGCUGAUCACUACACCCCCUUUCCAUCUGACCUGGCUUUCCUUUCGGAGCAAGUAGCUAAAGCAUGCGGAUUUCAGGCCUUCCAGGCAGAAGCAGGGAUCCUGAACUACUAUCACUUUGAUUCAUCUUUAGGAAUUCAUGUGGAUGAGUCUGAGCUGGACCAUUCCCAGCCCCUUUUAUCAUUCAGCUUUGGACAGUCAUCCGUUUUUUUGUUGGGGGGACUGAAACGAGACGAAGCCCCUGUGGCCAUGUUCAUGCAUAGUGGGGACAUAAUGAUCAUGUCUGGCUUCAGCCGCCUACGGUACCAUGCAGUCCCCAGAGUUCUGCCCAACCUUGAGGGGAAGCCUUUGCCUUCUUGCCUGGAGCUUCCGCUUCCUGCUGAUCUUCCUGCAAACUCUGUUAUUGAACCUUGCUCCCAAGAGGACUGGCAAGUGUGUGCCAAAUAUUUGCAAGCAUCCCGUAUUAACAUGACUGUUAGACAGGUGCUGGCUGAAGGGCAGAGCUUUCCAACUGAAACCAGGACAGAGAGAGAACUGGAUGCUUUCUCCAUAGACUCCUAUCAUGAGGAACAUAGUGGAAGCAAAAAGCCCAAGUCUGGUAUUAACAGCUGAAACCUGUACUCUGUUUCUUCCUUUAGCAUGGGCUAUGUUGGUAAUAAACCUUUUCUGGAGGUCUAUUUUUGAACCAUAUGGAACACCAGCAAAUAGCAGAAGAAAUACAGAAUUGAAACAAAGCUGAUAAUUCAUUCUGAAAAUGGAUAGAUGAAACAAUUUGUGUGAACUUCACAGCCUCAACAUACUUCCCUCUCUGAAGCCACUGCCUUCCCUGAAUACUUCUCUUCUGGAGCCCUGCUGUGUUGUCCAGAGACCUGUUUAUAUUCCUUGCAAUAUGUUUAUUACCCUUUGACUGAUAACAGAAGGUUAAUAUUGUGAGUGGGAUGGAUUCUUUUAGUUAAAUCACCCUCCCUUCUUGAAGUAAAAUAAUUAGGGACUGUGUAGUGAUUUUUCUAUUCAGGAUGUCCUUUUUCCCCUUGUCUCUGAAUACUAAAACUGUCCUGUUCCAUCAGCAGCAGGCCAUUUAGUUGCCUGCAUAAUGCAGUCUUUGCGGCCUCCCUCCUUUAGGAGCAGACUGAAGAGAAUGACUUUACAAACGGGAACAAUGAAGUUGUAGAUAAAGCACCCAGAAGGAAAAUUAAUCAGCGACUAUCUCUAUUGCCCAAAAGGUAAAUAUAUUGAAACAAAUAAGGACAACACAGUCUUCUGUGCCCAUCUGUUUUAGGAUCCCGACUUCCCUAUCUGGUUUUUAAUGCAAUUUUAAUUGCCAGAGUGCAGCACUCUGUCCCAGGGGUGUUUCGUCGCACUUUUCCCAUGAAUAAGCUUACUCUGCUUUAAAUUAAAGAUCCCUAUCUGUCUUGGAAAGCAGUUUUUCCCCUCCUCCCUAUCCUCCAGCUUAGUUAUUUUUGCAGUAUUGUUCAUGCUGCCUUGAGCAACUCUCUCACCUUUUCCUUCAGGCUGUGUUUCCUUCAGGCUGUUUCUAAUAUCCCCCAACAGAAUAGGGAGUAUCUCCUUGCCUCUAUAUGGCUAAAUUGGAAAAGGCUCUGCCAAGAUCUUCAGCAUCUUUGUGGUGUUCAACCACAAUGUGGAUUUGGUAUCGUAAAUACCAAAUAAUACUAACCUCAUUUAUUAGGGGGUUAGUACCAUUGCACAUAGUUGAACUUCCUGCUUAGUAAACAAAUACAAGAUCACACUGUUAACAUGGCUUGGGUAUUGUUCCCACGUGUGAAGAGGGAACCUGAGAUGCUUAGGGGUUGCUUCUACAUCUUGAAAGAAGGGGGAUGAAUAAUUAGUUAGUAAUAAGUCUAUCUCAGGGGUCCUCAGUGUUUUUCAAACCUGUAAGCACAUUUGAGAAUGUGAAGAACUGCUGUGGGCACCACCAUAAAAUGCCUAAUCGGCUGCUGUGGCAGCUACCUGUUAAAUCAAGGGAUCUUACUCCCGUCACUUGUUCUAACCUCCAUUACUACUCACUGAUUAAAUAAAGGAUUAUUUUGAAGCAGCAGUGUAAUAGUACAGCCAGCUGUUUGUGGCUAGCAUGGCAUUUGGAAUAAUCUUCCUGAUAAUAGAUGUAUUUUUAAAGUCAUGCUGAUAUGCAGAAGACUACAUGAUGGGGUAGCACUGUGAAGAUGAAAAUUAAGUCCAAAACUGCAUCAAAUCUUUUUCAAUAUAACCAGUGUGGGAAGCCUUACCUCUGCAUGAUUCUCUAUUUUCUCUACUAUGCAUUUACUGCAGGAGGUUAGAAGAAUCAGUGCCCCUACAGAAGGGCAGGGUAGAGACUUUGGCUUCCCUACCUGAUUUAACUAUGUAUUCCUGUCUUUAUGCAUGAAGAAGAGAUAAGAAACCAUUUUUUCCUCAGCAACAGAAAGGUUCUGUUUAUUAUGGUGCAGGGGGAAACAGUAUAGUUUGCUGUGGCAAAUUACAGCCAUAAUGAGGCAUAGAAGAGCCAAGUGAUGAGUAUUGGAGAUGGUUAUUGAUUUUUAAAUGAUGGAAGAUCCAGCAUAAAGGAGCAAAUGUAGAAGCCAAGCUCAUUCUUUAUGUCAUGUUUCUUGUUUACAUACGGUCAGCACAGUGUGACUAGAAUAGAAGCAGAUGCCUGUUUAAUGGGGUCUGUAAGAAUUCCUGGCUUUGAAAGGGAAGAAUCACAUUGUGAAGGAAUUUUCCCCCUUCCACUUACAGGGCGAGUUUAGAUGCCUAGUGAAAACUAGAAGCCUACCCAUGUUUACUUUGAGGCCCAGUUAAGUGAAACCAGUAAGUGAAAUCCAGUAAUAUUUGGGAUCAGAAUAUAAUUAAAGUAGUAUAGUGACUAUAUUAUUUAUUUUAUUUAAUAUUUUAUAUACCAUUAAUUCAGUGAAAAAGCUCUCAGAAUGGUGUACAAGGAUAAAAAUAUAAAACAUGACGUAUUAUAAAUAACUGUGAUGUCAAUGUCCAUCAAAAUUCAAACAUCAUAACAACAAUUAAAAUUUUCGUGCCUUGAAUGGCAGUGGACAAGGGGCAGCCCAUUCGUUUAAUCCUGACUAUUGACUGUUAUGAGACCUUGUCCAAAGCUAGACUGAGUCUUCCAUAGCAGCAGGGGUAUGGGGGUUUGCUGGUGGUGUCUUGUAUGUUUUCUUUACUGUCAAUAAACUGACUAAUAGCAUUUGGGAAGUCCACAUAUUAAUGCACAGCAGAGAAGGAUUUUCAUCUUCAGCUGUAGUCUUGAACUUCGGGCUCCCACAAGAUGAGACUCAUGGAUCCAGAGGCGUACUUCCUGCAUAGAUCUGCUAAGUGCAGCCAAGUCCCUCCCCCCCACCAAAAGCAACACUUCAAAUGUUUCAAGAUUACUGGCCUUUGGGGUGGAAAUUCCCAUUGUCUUUAGCUUGGGCCUACGACAUUUCUGUUUUAAUUUCUUUGAAAAAAAUAAUAAAACUUGAGCACACCAACAGAAGGCUAUCCUGAUGAGCAGUUGCUGUUUUGUGCUCCUGUGCAGAAAUCUUGGCUGCAUCUCUGUUCUUUCUUCAGUCAUAUUUCUUGCUCCAUGUUCCCUUUGCAUAACCACAUCCAACCAUAAAUGAAGUCAUAAUAAAACAUGGAAGAUGAA